CGGGCCGUGCCUUGGAUUGGUGUGAUUGGAGGGAAACCCCGUGGACUGCAUUCACUCAGACGCGCUGAGAGAAUCAGCUGUAGCUUAGUACGCCGACAUCACUGCUAUCUGCCAGUACUCAGUGAGCAGUCAUGAGCGAGGCACCCCAGAAGGAACUGGUGCAGAAGGCCAAGCUGGCCGAGCAGGCUGAGCGUUACGAUGACAUGGCUGCUGCAAUGAAGGCUGUUACUGAGGAUAGUGAGCAGCUUUCAAAUGAGGAACGUAACCUGCUGUCAGUUGCCUACAAGAAUGUGGUGGGUGCCCGCCGCUCCUCGUGGCGUGUGGUGUCCAGCAUUGAGCAAAAAGCUGAGGGCAGCGAAAGGAAGCAGACCAUGGCCAAAGAGUACCGGGAAAAGAUUGAGAAAGAGCUGAAAGAUAUCUGCCAAGAUGUGCUGGGUCUCUUGGACACUUAUCUCAUUCCCAAAGCCACUGCAGCAGAGAGCAAAGUCUUCUAUUUGAAAAUGAAAGGCGAUUACUACCGCUACUUGGCUGAGGUGGCUACAGGAGAAGAGAAGACAUCCAUCAUUAAAGACUCACAGGCUGCCUACCAAAAAGCCUUUGAUAUCAGCAAAGACGAAAUGCAGCCCACGCACCCAAUCCGUCUUGGUCUCGCCCUCAAUUUCUCCGUUUUCUACUAUGAGAUCCUCAACUCACCUGAACAGGCCUGCCAGCUGGCCAAACGCGCUUUUGAUGAUGCCAUUGCAGAGCUCGACACACUGAGUGAAGAUUCAUACAAAGACAGUACACUAAUCAUGCAGCUACUGAGAGACAACUUGACACUGUGGACCUCUGAUAACCAGGUUGAGGGAGAGGAUACAGAGGAGCCCAGAGAAUGAGCCAGACCCCCAUAGGCACCCCUGUCUGCCUGCCAUCAUCCCAGCUCAUCUUCAUCAUCAACACUGAGACCACCUCACUAUCAUCAUUGUCAUCCAACUCUCUCCAUCUUUUUCUAUUUAGGUGUCUCAACACUCAUCUCUCUCCUAUCGGUUUACGGUUUCCUCUUUUGUAGUAACUGUAGGGAAAGGGGAUGGGGAUUGAGGGUAUGUUUUAAAUUGUUUAGUGGGAGGGUCCAUGUGGAAGGGUAAAGUAUAUUUCGGGUUGGUUGCCUGUCUGCUGACCUUUUUUUUUUUUUUUUUUUUUUUUUUUUUGUGUGUGGGAGCAAUAGGGGUGUUGUAUUAUUAAGGUGGUGGGUGAGAGGGCAAGUUCUCGACUCAUGAAACAUGCAGCAGGUUGAGUUUUUAGAGUCAGGCAACAGGUUAUACUAUAUAUGUAUUCUAUUCAUAUUAAUGGUCUUAUUCUUGAUUAGCACCAUUUUUUGAUGACAAACCUGUGGUUUCACAAAAUCAGGAGUUGGCUUCUCACACCUGAGCAGACAGCCGCAGUUAUUCUGUACUAGACAAGAAGAAUGACAGCAGAGGAAGAUAGUAGAGGGAGCAAAGGGGAGUUGCUGGAGAGGGAAGGCAAGGUUUUGUUGGAACACAAAGGUUACAUUCCGUUUACUGUCCGUCGCUCAACUUUCUUCUCUAUUAUUUUGUUCUGUUUUCGGGUGACCUGCUUUUGUAUUUCUAUGUAUCACUUAUGAGGUAUAGAAAAAUUUGAAGAACAAAAGAGCACACAAGCUUGUUAUUGUUGCUGUUUUGUAUGAGCACAGCAGUAAAAAAAAAAAAAAAAAAAAAAAA